AUGCUUAGAAUUGGCCAAAAAAGAUUAAAAAAUGAGUUAGGAAUAGUGGAAAAUGUUAAUACAAAAGAAAUCCCUGUAAGCGUUAAAGAAAUAUCAUUAAAUUACUUGAUAGAAGUAGCUAUGGAAGAAGAAGGAUUGAGAGACCCUACAGAUGAAAUUAAAAAACUGCGAAUAAAAUUAGACAGAUUGAGCGGUGAACGAGAUCAAAUGACCAAAAAAGGAAAUAAGAAUGUUGAACAAUAUGAAAACUUAAAUAGAAAUAUUAAGCUUUUGUUAGAUGAGUUGAACCAGCUAUAUGAUGAAAAGAAUAUAUAUAUUGAGCGCCAAAAAUCCCUGAAGAAAGAGUAUAUUGAUGAAUCAGAUAUUAUUUUUUGCACAGCAAGCACAGCUGGCUCUCUGGAUAUUCUGGCUGCGUUUACAGCUGAUGAUAAUGGAAUUUCAAUAAGAAAAUUUGACUAUCUUAUUAUUGAUGAAGCAUGUCAAUCCAUUGAACUUAGCAUUUUAAUUCCUUUUCUAUAUGACACUUCGACUGCUAUUUUAUUUGGUGAUCCAAAGCAGCUCCCUGCAACAACUUUUGCAGAUGCCUCGAAAACUAACCUAUAUAACCGAUCACUAUUUGAAAGGAUGGAAGAUUGCAAGCUUGAGCCUUUGAUGCUUAAAACACAGUAUAGAAUGAUAUCUGAGCUUUGUGAGUAUCCUGCUAUGUAUUUUUAUGAUCACAAACUAAAAUCUGAUCCUAGUGUUGAUAGGAGACAAAUGCCACCUGGCAUAAAGAACCCUGGUUUAUGAUUUUUUAACUUAGUAAAUUCAACUGAAAUUCAGGCAAGUGAUGGGCAUAGCUUUUACAACGAAUGUGAAGCAAAUUAUAUCGUUUAUGAAUUGCUUGGGGAGAGAGGAUCAUCGAUAGGUAUAGUAACACCUUAUAGAGCGCAAGCUGAGUAUAUAAAGAAAUUGCUUGGAAAAAGAUUUGGAGGUAGCUGAAGGAAAAGAAUUGAAGUGGACUCUGUUGAUGGAUACCAAGGAAGAGAAAAGGACUAUAUCAUACUUUCUUUAGUAAGAUCUGAAAAUAUUGGAUUUUUGAGUGAUAGAAGAAGAAUGAAUGUAGCUAUUACCAGAGCUAGAUUUGCAUUGAGUAUAGUAGGAAAUGCUCGUUGUUUAAGGAAAAAUGAUGAUUGAGAUGACUUCAUAGACUACUGCAAUGACAAAAGAAAAUUGAUAACUAUUGACUAUGAUCCACAUUGGGGAAACCCAGGAGAUGGAGGAUAUCAUUAUUAUAGUGAUUUUUUUGAAAGAAACAAUGAAGAGCAAAAAAUAAAUACGACAAUUCCUCAAGGUUAUCAAAAUAGAAUCCCUGAUGAAAAGAAAUCAAGCAAUAUAGAAAAAGUGGAGGCUCCAAAAUUAGGAUAUAAAGAAGUAAGUAUUGACGCUAACGCGACUCGUAGAAGAAAAGAAGAAAGAAAACACAUAGAAGAAGCUAAAAUACCUCCAAAAGCAACAAAUUCUAACGCUAUCGCCAUUAAUAAGCAAAAAGAAGAAAGAAAAAAAGCAGAAGAAGCUAAAAAUAUUACAAGAGUAGAUAAGCAAGCUUCAGAAAAGAGCAAUACAUUACCAAAGAAGGCUCCAAAAAUGGCAAAUGCAAAUAUAGGUGGAGGAUUUUGGAAUAGGCGCAAAUAA